AUGAAAUUAAAAACAGAAACGGAAAACAGGGAGCGAGGGCGUAGUGCGAGUGGAGCGGCGGGAAUCUUGAACUCCGAACGGGGAUUGGUCAGCCAGCAGGGAGAGCGAGCCAGCGACCAGGAGGCCGGCGCUCCGGGGAAACGCGCAGCCCCGCCAGGCUGGUGGGGAGGAGGUCCCCGGGCGAGGGGCGUGCGCUGGGUGCGCCCCGGGGAGACCGGGCCACACGUUCCCGGGCCGGGGCGGGCGCGCGGACCCGCAGUCGGCGGGGCGGGGGACGCCCUCCCCUUCCACGCCCAGCGAGCGCUGAAACUGUCCGGCGGAAGAGUCCUAGCUCUCCCAACCGCCUCGGCGCGGGCCCGCGCACCCCCCGCCCCGGCCCCCAGCACGCCCCGAGGGCGCCAGGAUAGGAGUGGAACGGGCAAAUUCAGGGGUUUGCUGUGGAGGCGUCGCGCGUGGGACAGCAGCCUGCGACUGACGAGACCAAGGAAACUCGCUGCCGGGGUCCUGGCUGGACCUAGCGGAAACUUAGGUCUCCGGCAGCCAGGAACCUUGCCACCCUUGGCCCACCCCGGAAUUUGUAGAGGAACUAACUACCCAGGAGCGGUGUAUGAGGCGACAGCGGCGUGCAGACCCGCUUUGGGACAGGUUAUAAACAUCUUCCUUUUCAAGAACGCUCAAGCCAGUCUAAGAUCUGAGGCACCGGUGAGGAGAUAACAACAGCCAAUUAUCCUACCUUGGUAUGCUGAGCAACUUAACCUUGAAGCAGAAUUAACUCUUAUCAGUGGUCUUAUUAGUGGCCUUAAAACACAGGGAUGGGGAUGCCCAAAGAUAAUUUAGUAAGUAUGAUUAAUUUUUCAAUGAUUUCAGAGCUCAAAGAGUUUUGUAAGUGAACCCUCUGCCCCAAAACUGAAGUAAGAUGGUUUUCAUGUAUCAGAAAAUUCUGCCUUAAUUUAACGUAAAUUCUUAAGGGCUUUUAAACCCAUUUUCCUCCCAAGUUCUGCAUUAAGUCACUUUCCUUCCUUAUAAUUAAAAUGUUUGCAGAAACUGUUGCCAUCUAGCCUUCUGUUCUUUAAACAUUUACUUUUCUCCCUUAUUUCCUAUUUUUAAGUCAGCUUUGCUGUUCUUCUGAACCCUUUCAUUAUCUUCAUGUCUUUCUUACUGAAAGUCAAACAUAUCAAAAGACUUCCCACAUUAAAUAAAUUUCUGUUUUAUCCUUAA